GUUGCUCGCCUUCGCACGGGCGGAAGCGGAAGGAGACCCGCGCCGUGUUUAGUUGGGGGAGAGAAGGAGAGAGAGAGAGGGCGAGUAAAUACGGAAACGAAGCCGCUUGCUUUCGGUUUCCUCCUCCCCCAUUUCCUUGGAUUUUGCGAGGUUUCCUCUUCCUCCACGCUCUCGAAUCCGAGCAGAGAAGAAGCACCAGCCGGGGAAGGCACGGGAACCCUAGGUUGGCUGCGCCGCCGCACGCACGCACCCGCUCCCUUUCGUGCUGCUGCUGCUGCUGUUGUUGCCGCCGCCUGCAUCGUCCCCGAUCCGCCGGCCAGCCAGCUAGCUAGCGAGGGAGGCCAGGUUAUACUGGGCUUUCCUCCUGAUAAACUCGUUCUAAAGACAUUCGGUGUUGCCAUAGUUUUCCAAGUGAACUCACUAUGAAACCGGACUGGUCAAUUUUCUCCAAGUUUGACCACAAUGGAGGGUACCUGCAUAAAUUCCCAAUAGAUUCUCCAAUAUCUCAUGAUAUUGGAUUAGGAUUGAUAUCACAUUUUGGAACCUUAGUCGAGAGUUCCUUUCAGCAUCCAAGGCAUAUAUGUUCUACAGGGAAUGGAGCAGUUCAGGAAGCAUUCAGUUGCUUCAACAAGUUUGCUGGUGCUUUCUAUUUCUGGCUUUCUAGAGCAUCAAAUCCCAAGAUUUUCCACAGGUUGUCAGCUAUUGCAGGCUCAAGUUCAAGAGCCUGCCAGUCGCAAAUAAAGCAAGUGACUUCUUGCAUGCAGCAUUUGGCCGGAUUGCGUUUUGGUUCUCAAGUUAGAGAAGAGCACGCUAUACAAAUUCUUUUAGCAAAGCUUGCUAAUGCAACAUUUGGGCGACUGUGGAACGAGGUGGAGGAGCGCCAUGCCUGUAACAUUCUUAUGUUAGCUGCUGCUACUGUACCACCAUUUGAAAACAUAUCGCCGAAGAUGCUUGCAGACUCAAUGACAUUGGGAAGAGAUAAUGGUCGUACCAGAGAACCUGUUGAUCAGCAUUCUUUGGAGGAAAACCAUUCAGGCUGUACUUGUGUUGCUGUGCCAAGAAUAAUUUUACCAGAAGACGCAACUGAACCAAAAACUGGGAUAAAGUUCCCUACUCUUCUCGAGGAUAAUUCAAAUCCAACUUCAGAGGUGCUCGUCGGGAUGGGCUUUAGAAGCAUGCGAAUAAUGAGGGUCAAAAACCUGAAUCUCUAUGCCUUUGGAUUAUAUAUACAACCAGAUUCUAUUUGCAAAAGGCUGAGCCCAAAGUAUGCUUCUGUUCCAGUUUCUGAACUGAAGGACCACCCAGAUUUCUAUGAAGAUCUUUUGAGGGAAAAUAUUCAUAUGACAGUCAGGCUGAUAGUUAGCUACAAUGGUCUUAGCAUUGGCACAGUGCGGGAUGCAUUUGAGAAGUCCCUUUGCUUCCGAUUGCAGAAGAUGAAUCCUAAUACUGAUUAUCAUUGCUUGAAGACGUUUGGUUCUUAUUUUAGUGAAGAUAUUUGUAUACCUGCGGGUACAAAGAUCGACUUCCGGCAAACCUCUGAUGGCCAGCUCAUAACUGAAAUUGAUGGCAAACAAAUUGGUGCUGUCCAGAGCAAAGAUCUUUGCAGGGCUUUCUUCGAUAUGUAUAUUGGUGAUCCACCUGUUUCAGUCGAGACCAAACAAGACAUUGCACAGAAUGUUGGUGGACUCAUUAGAAGAUGUUAUUGAAAGGCAUAAUUAAACGACAGACUGGUCGGAAUUAUUUCAUUCUUCGAUACAAGGAUACUAGGGUGAGGGGGAAGCAUAUACAAAGACAGGACUAGGAGGAGAGGAUGAACUGUAUGUAUAGUGAUAGAUCAACCUGUAAACUAAACAGAGCCUUAGCAUCUUUCUCCGGAGCAAUUGCCUCCAUGCUUUUCAUAUGGGUUGGCUUUGGCUAUUUCCUGGCCACUGUAUCAUGUGCAAUGAUCCAGCCAGACAAUGUAAAAGAAUGCUUCCUUCCCCCAUCUAAAAUGAGGGACACCAGCUUUGCUGGUUUAGAUUAGGCCAUAGUAGUGGUGCUGAAUAUAAAUUGUGUACUAGUGUUGAGAUUAAACAGCAAGUAGUGUACUAGUGUCACUUUUCCUUGAACAUCUCUCUGAUGAGAAAAAGAGAAACUAGCUUCUAGAUAA